AUGCGAGUGUAUACCAUUCUAUUGUUACUCCAGAUCCCCCUUAACUCUCACCAACUAGACUGUGAUUGGCUCACAGACAAAAGUCAAGUUUAUGUGGACAACCAGAACAAAAGCCUUUCCUAUGACGGAAUUUGCUGUUUCGAACAAGUUUUGAAACUCUUAGACACUGAGAAAAUUGGUUUUGUUGAUGAUUGGAGAAAAGCUGAAAGUAUCAACAAAUUUUUAAUCAUUGAACAAGUUUUCCUAAGAUUUGGAAGAAAUUGCAUGAGCUUACAGGAGACCGCAACGAAACUUUCUUCAACAACUUCUUCUCCAAUCGAUUGUGGAUGGUUGGCCACGGAUUUUGCUGUUUAUGAUGAAUUAAAUGUGGAAGCCACCUUUAUUUACUCAAGAAACUGUUGUUCCGAAACGGCACACGAGAAACUCGCGAACACUAAAUUUGCAAUAGAUAUCGAAGACAUGGAAAAAACACCCAUUUCGGAUACUUUCUCGGACAAUGACAAGGACGAGAAAUUGAACAAGUUAAAAGAAGCAGCGUUGACCAAAUUACUUUACUGCAUCCCCAAUGCCUGUCCUGGGUUGGACUCCAUCUGGGAUAAUUGCACAGAAGCGACAACGACAACGACAACUACGACAUUAACAACAACGACUGAAUCUCCUCAAACGACUACAAAGAAAUGUGAUUCCUGGCUAAAUACUCAAUUCGAUGUGACCGACAAGAAUGGAGUUGUCACAUUUACAUACAACGCAAAUUGUUAUACAACUACUAAAUUCCAAUGGCAAAGAAUGACGAGCACAACACAGCCUUCCAAGCCGGAUUUCGAGAGUUCGGAAAGGGAAACAACAACCACAGAGAAGCCUACGACCACGAUGAAGAAAGAUAUUCCUAUUCCAAAUGAGCCAAAAAAUGACGAUCCGGCUUUUCCGAGCUCCUCGUCCAGCGCUUCCCCGGAUUCAGGAAAUUGGAAUGAAGAAAGAAAAACAACCACCACGGAAAGGCCUACGACAACAUUAAAGAAAGUUAUCGAAGUUAUAAAGGAGCCGAAAAAUGAUGACCCAGCUUUUCCGAGUUCUUCGUCCACCCUGCUACCAGAGUUCGGGCCUGGAAAACCAGGUGAAAAGCUGACGACCGAGCCGAAUAUUCCAUCUUCUUCUUCUUCUUCUUCUCAAACUAAGACGCCUACUUUGAUUCCCAAAGACCGCACGACUACUACGCCUAACGGAAAACUCGAAGAAGUUUAUGAAUCCACUUCCACAGAAGCAGCUUCAACUAGUUCAUCGGUUCUAGUUUCUAAAGACCUCACGACUACUAUUCCUGACAAAACAGCUGAAAUCGAUGAACCCGCUUCAACAGCAUCAGCUUCAACUUUGCUCACCACGGAGCUACCUGGCCAAGGAACCACUUCGGUAUCAGAAACUACAACCGCACUAUCUGGAUCUACAAAGAAAUCAGAAGAUGCCACCACAUCUUCAGAUCCAACAGAGACUCCAAAGCAACUCGAUAAGAUAACUACCACGACAUCACCUCUCAUUGAAACCACAGAAACAGAUUUAGAAGGUAUAAUUAUGUUUGACAUGCAAGCCCAAAUUUCUAAUUUUUUUUUCGAUUCGACAACACCGUCCUUUGAUGAAAGUUCAACGACUCCAGACUCCAUCACCUCCAAAUCAACCACUAAAACUAGGAACCUAUAUCAGGAUGAAACCGGUAACCCAAAGAUAGAGAAAGCUGCAAACAGCAAAUUUUCAGAAUUGUCUACAUCCCACGUCUCCAGUACCACAGCUUCCAGGAGCGGCACUUUCCAAACAACUACUAAGCGCUCUGCGCCUAUUGAUGAUAGCCCAAUCGGUUUCACUCUGACCAGUAUUUUGAGCAGCACGACUUCCACAGGACAUAUUUCCACGAAGAAAACUGUGAAUUCUGGAGCAACUGAAUCUGAAUCUAUGAUUCCUGCGACGUCGACGGCCAAACUCUCGGUUCCUACCGAUACAGAAACUGGAGGAACCAUCUCUACUGAAUCUUCAAAGGUCUCCAAAGUCACAGCCAAUCCGUCUGCCUCAACAACUCAAGCCGUCGCAUCAAGUGGAGCUCAUUCUCCGGUGACUGGCACAACAACGCCACCUGCUUUUGUUUCUUCUAAAGGAUCCACUCAAUCUACACCAAAGUUAGAUCCUUUGGGAACUGGAACCACAGAAGAAGAAGAAGUGCGGAAAACCACCCCACCAAAUGGAGUGAGUGGAAGUACAACAGGGAAAUUGGUAGCCAAUACUGGAACUGGAUCUACUCUGACGCCAAUUACUGGUACUACUGAUCAAGCUGGAUCACUUGGAACUGAUAAAGCUGGGUUUCAUGUAACUGGUUCAAAUGUUACUACAACCACCGGAAAAGCAGCAACAGGUUUAACGAGCUCUGACAAACCUGUCACAACGGACUCUGGAACCGCAGUUCAGCUAACUGGAUCAGCUCAAUCAUCCACACCUUCGGGCACCGCACUUGGCACUGCAUCAACAGCUUCUGGGGCUAUGAAGAUCUCUACAUCCACGGAAACUCAAGAGCAGACGAAUCCAAUAGCGACGGCGACUACAAUUAACUACACAACGCCAGCUGUACCUGUCCCAACUGGAUCUACUAUAUCUGGCUUCAUCAAAACGUCUACUAAGUCUUUUUCGAGUUCUUCGGUGGCUCCGACAGUGCUAUCGAAUGAAACCGAUGCAUCAGGAUCGACGCCUUCUUCGCAACCUUCUGGAGCUGGGUCAACAAAUUCUUUGAAAGCUACUCCAACUUCAAGCUCUGCUGGAACCACAAGUAAUGGGCCAACAGGAACUGGAUCACGAAAUGUGUUCUCAACAUCUCCAGGCCACCCUUCUAGAACAUCAACUGCUGGAUCUGGUUCAACGAGCACAACUGGAGGAACCACUAAGUCCAUUGGAUCUUCGGGAUCCAAUAUGACCACCAAAGCGGGACCUGGAACAGCUAGCGGAACAGCUAAAACAACAACACCUGGAGAAUCUGCAUCGGAAAAAGCAUCAAGGGCAACAGAAAAGGGAUCAACUGUUUCUAUGGUCUUUAGAUCUGCUACUCCGGUACCCGAUGGACCGGCCACCGAAGCAUCCACCAAACCAGUAUCCAUCCCCACUUCGACACGACCCGUCACUACAGUAUGCCCGGCACUCUCCCUUGACCUUGGCAACACAGUCCGUCCAACCACUGCCGAACUCAAAUCCUACUACGCUGCUGGCGAACAAGUUGUCCACAUGUGCAAGAAAUAUCAUGCUUUUGAGCUUGCCGGGCAACCAUUCAAAGUUUAUGUCUGCAAGAACGACGGAACUUGGGCUGGGGCACCAGAAAAGUGUGUUGCGGAGAAAAGGAAGGAAUUGUGA